UUUGUCUUUGCCUUCGCCUUUGCCUUUGCCCUCCGUAGCAAAGAGGAAACAGUUCAUUCGUCUCUCUGAUCUCGCCUCCGCCUCAGUGUCCGUGAUGAAUCAGAGAUUCCGGAGCUCCAACGCGAAGCCCACGCCGCCAACCACCAACGAGCGGCUGCACCGGUACCUGAGGCCUGGCGCGCUCGCCCGUCUCCGCGACGAGAGGAUCAGCACCGCCAGAUCCGCCUCGCUCGCGCUCCUCGACCUCUCGCUGCCCCCCUUCCCUUCCGCCCGUGCCGCGCCGCCUGCCCAGGUCGAGGGGCUCCGCCCUUUCUUCGCCGCCAGGGUGCACGGCCCUCGAUUUCCAAGGCGGAAGAAGCUUUCCCCCGCCAAGUCGGUCUAUCUGGCCUCCUCGUCUCCGGAUCUUGCAGAUCCCUUCUUGGACGCUUUCGAUUGAUCCGCCUAUUAGGAUGCUGUUGCGAACAAGAAAUGAUGAGCUAGACCAUGCAAUUGCUUGCAUCUCCUUACAAGAUCUCUGCUUCUGACAUGGAAGAAAUUGCAGACCAUGUUCCAUUCCUAGCGCUUAC